AUGUCUUUUGAGCAGAGAUUCACAUCCCAGUCUGAUCAGAGUUAUCAAAUAGCUACCCCCGGUCAAAGUUCAUCACCAGCACCUCGUCCUAUGACGGCGUCAAGCGGCUCUACCGCAAACGGCUAUCACUAUAAUGUUCCGAGUAGACGCUCAUCUCUCUCUACCGCACCUUAUACCAUUCCAGUAAAGAGUUCCACAAACAUGCCACCAGGCUCACAAAGGCUGUCAUCGUCAUUCAGUGGCACCACUGGUCCGUACUCUAUAAGCCCAGGAAAUUUGGGGUCAUCACCACACACAGGUGGCCCAAUUCAUAGUCAUCUUCAUCAACAACAACCUCAGCAAUCUCAUCUAGGUACUUCCGUUCCCAUGUUAAGUAGAGAAUUUGUUGUGCGUCGUAUAUCAGAGGGUGAAACGGGACGUCUGAAAGAGGAAUUAAAAUGUGAAGCUUGUGGUAAAGGAUAUAAACACAUAUCGUCCCUGGCAAAACAUCUUUGGGAACAUACACCGGAGUGGAAUAUGACCAAAAAACUGCUUAUUAGUAAGCACCAACAGGUUCAGUUGCUAGAAGCCGCCAGUAUUCUUUGCAGCAUGACCGAAAACGGUUCGGAAAGUGGGGGGUUUAGAUCUCGUUCGCAAUCUUUGAGCACUCCUUCCCCUGUCUACGCCCAAGUUUCCUCAUAUUCUCAAUCGAAUCAACGACCCCAACAAUCUCAAUAUGCGCCACACACAAAGCUACCUGCUAAUUCGCCUCACCUGCAAUCUCUGUCAUCUGUGAACAAUGUUAGCAAUUUCCGUGAGCACCACGCAGAAGAGACCAAUGGUCCUCGUCAGAUAGAAAAUGAUGCGCCAAUCUCCCCAUCACCAGAUGUUCAAAUCGAAAAUAAUAGCUCAAAAUCUCCCUUAUCAAUAGAGGAGCAUGGAGAAGGAACACCUACCAGUUUGACUCUGAACACAACGAAUUCGAAUCUAUACUUGCACUCCAAUUUAAGCCAGUCCCUUAGUGGGACAACAUCAAAAACACCACCAGUUUACACUACGACGCUGCGGAAAAACUCAGUGUCACAAUAUCCUCCUUCAUCGUUAUCGAUCUCUGUCUCAAGCACCCCACGGAAAACUAUGUUGUGCGAAAAACCUACAAGGUCUGAUGAUGUGGUCGCGCAAUAUGGAAAGGAUGGUUUAAUGGCGCCAAAAACGGAAGAAUCCACAUCUUUUAGUGGCGAAAGUGAAAAUGAAGACGAAGAUAAUCACUAUGGCACGGAAUUUGUGCCAAGAGACAACCGAGAGGAGGAUGAAAAGAUUUUUGGAGAUUUAGAGGAUUAA